AAGCGGAAGUGGCGUCGCCGGGCCACCUUUUUUUCCCUUCAGGUUCCAUUUUCUGAGGACCGUUUGGUGCGCGCCGGGGCCUGUUUCGAGGUGGCGUCCUAACCUCUCUUGCGCAUCAUGACGGACCGUUACACGAUUCACAGCCAGUUGGAGCACCUGCAGUCCAAGUACAUCGGGACCGGCCAUGCCGACACCACCAAGUGGGAGUGGCUCGUGAACCAGCACCGGGACUCCUAUUGCUCCUACAUGGGCCAUUUCGACCUGCUCAACUACUUCGCCAUCGCCGAGGACGAAAGCAAAGCCCGCGUCCGUUUCAACCUCAUGGAGAAGAUGCUGCAACCCUGCGGGCCGCCCGCCGACAAGCCUGACGAGUCUUAAGCUUUGCAGCCGUGCAGCCCACCCGAACGAGGAAGGAAGGAAGGAAUCCUUGGCCGCCGGGGAACGAUUGGAUUCUGCACCGCCUCUUUCCACCCACCCGUGACUGCUUGUGGACUUGCGCAGUUAAAUUGAUUCCGACGUGUUUCGUACACCGUGCAUGGCGGGGAGGGCAUUGUCUGAACUUUUGCCCUCUGUAGCCUGUGGGGAUUUGGGACGGAGCAGAGCGGGGCCCGAUGGUUUCCCGUAGACCGGCACUGGGGUGGCUUGCUUUGAAGACUUGCAAAUGCAUCUCUCCCCCCCCCCUUUUUUUUUUUUCAUUUCCCACUUUGGAGUGUUUGGGAGGCAUUUUCACAAUUCGGUUUAAUAAAAGAUUAUGCUUUUUUAAAUAAAUAAAUUAAUGUGUGGGUAAUCAAUUAAAACAGCAAACUAACGAACCCCUGACAGAUGGGAUAGUAUUAAUGCAUCUCCAAAAUCAUCUAAAUGUGUACCUUGUGGCUAUGUAGCCCUUGAGCGAUCUCUGGUAAAAAAGAAAAAAGGAAGAAAGUGUAAUUGGCCAUUUGUAUGAUGGUUUCUGUACAAAGAUCCCUAUGCUUGGUCACCCUACUUUAAAUUAGUUUUAAUGACAGAACCAAAGGUUUAUAUUUGUUAACUAGUGUAUUGCUCAAUAGACUAAUGUAAAAC